AUGGCACCGAUGUGCAGGUGUGCCCUGUUUGGAAUCCUUGUGGCGGUGCCCUGCCUCGGCCAGCCAGCGGACGAUGCUACCCAACCUGUCGAUCGCUGCAUGGUGCCGCACCCGAGAAAUGAGAACUGGACACUCGAGGGCGCCGAACUACAGUACAAGCUGAGACGGUUCUACGAUGGAGUUGGCCCCCCUCCGCUGGAGGAAGUGUUCCUCUCCACGCAGAACUUGACAGUGGAAGUUCAGGAAACCCUGAUGGCUGAGUGCCCUGGUCUGCUGAUCAAUGCGUUUCUCGUUCUGGCUGAGACUCAGCUGCCCAUCUCUGAUCGACGUGCGGGCGAUGCCUUAGCCAAGGCAGAUGUGCUCUCGUCUCGCCUAUCUGCGGAGGAGCUGCAGGCAGAGUCAGAGGUGUGGCCCAUCCAGGAAGCAUUAGCAAGCUUUGCUCGGGCCUCGCGCCUUGCUCGGAAGCACCACCUGAACGGGGGAGCGAGGCAAAUACAGGUGCACUUCGUGGUUUGCCACUGCCGUGAAUCCCUUGAUUGGCUCAACGGGCCCAGCUUCCACAUGCCCAGAUCCGGCAUGGCAGUGUUCGAGGUCUUCAUCUAUGAGAAGUGCAACUUUGACACGGACAUCUCGGGCAUCUCCUCCAGCUUCGCUGCUGUGCACCGCGUUUUAGUGGACGACGAGGGCUUGCGCCGGGAUGAGUGCUCUGGAUACCUGAAGCACCUCAUCGAGCACUACAACGACCCUGCAGAUUACGCGUUGUUUUUCCAAGCAGAUGCUGCUGACCACAUGCACUGGGGCUACCUUUCCUUGGUCAUGAAGGCUGUGGAGCAGAGGUCGCUUGCGACUUCGUUCGUUCACCUCAACUACCCGCGGCUGAUCACUUCCAUGUCCCCGUGCCGAGCCGAAGUGUUUGCUCAGAUUUUCGAUCGUCCUCCGAAGCAGAAACUGGGUUCCUAUUGCUGUGCGCAGUUUCUGGUUUCGCGGGAGCGCAUCCAAGCGAAUCCUCUGGAGAGGUAUAUGCGAAUGCAGCAGAUGCUGUUCAGUGAUUCGCCACCCGAGUGCCACGACAUCCCUGGACACUCCACCCUGUGCCUCAUGUUCGAGGUGUAUUGGCAUGUCCUGUUCGGGGAGGAGGAUGUUUUGCCCUACCGGUCUGAGAAUGCUGCCCUGCAGCUGUUUUUGAGAAUCCGUGACCUUGAGAACGAGUCGUAUUUGCCGCCGGGCUCAGUGUAUCUGAAGCUCGUCUCCGAGCGGACGUGA